AUGCUGAGGAGGAGGAGACCGCGGGUUGCGCGCGAUAGGUGGGUUUUUGUGGGGAGAGAUGAGGGUUUUUGGGGGGUGGUGGUGGUGGUGGUGAUUGAGGGUGAGGGAGUGGACGGGGUUUUGAUGGUGGUUGAGGGUGGUGCGGGUGGUGGAUAG